AUGUCCGUCAACAAAGAGAUGGACCUCGAAAAGGCCGAGGUCCAAGAUAAUCUAGAACAACACCGCCAAUCAAAUUUUAAUCAACAUGCCAAUAACGAAAAGAAUAUCCAAAGAUCAUCUUCCCCAUCUCCAUCUGCAUAUACAUCCUCCGACAACGACAACGAAUUCCAACGCACAAUAUCAAGAUCAACAAGCCGAGCCGAAAACACCGUCAUAGCCAGAACACUCAGCCUAGUCCGCACCCGCGAAUCAAGCCAUAUCAUCAGCCCCCCUCCAGACGGCGGUAUCCAAGCCUGGUCCCAAAUCAUUCUCGCGCAUCUCGUCAUCAUCAACACAUGGGGUUACGUGAAUUCCUUUGGCGUUUUUCAGAGUUACUAUACGACCCAACUUGCCGAAUCGCCAUCAACAAUCUCCUGGAUUGGGAGCACGCAGACCUUUCUCGUGUUUUUUAUCGGCACGUUCUCUGGCCGUGCCACUGACGCCGGCUAUUUCAAAUUCACUUGGAGCUGCGGCUUGAUCAUUAACGUGCUCGGUGUAUUCCUGACAUCGCUGUGCCAUGAGUACUGGCAAAUAUUCCUGUCUCAGGGCCUCAUGUCCGGUAUUGGAUGCGGCUUGAUGUUCUGCCCGACUAUCGCCUUACUGCCGACCUAUUUCGAGAAACGGCGUGCGCUGGCCCUGUCCGGUGCAGCAGCUGGUUCAGCAACGGGCGGUCUCAUAAUCCCCGCAAUGGUGAACUCGCUACUCCCCAAGAUCGGAUUUGCGUGGACAUUACGUUGUCUGGGAUUCUUCUCUCUGGCGACGUUAUUACCCGGCCUAUUCUUCCUCAAACAGAGACUGCCACCGCGUGCUACAGGACCCAUUGUCGAGUGGAAAGCAUUUCGAGAAGUACCAUAUCUAUGUUUUGCGUCCGGGAUGUUCUUUGUAAUCCUGGGGUUAUACGUUGGAUUUUUCUACGUUAGCAGUUUCGCGCGUGAUGCGUUGGGUUCGUCGGUGUCGACGGCUACUGAUUUGUUGAUGGUUAUGAGUGCGGUAGGAUUACCGUGUCGUAUUAUUCCCGGUUUAUUGUCCGAUGCGUUUACGGGUCCGCUGAACCUCUUGAUCCCGUUUAGUUUCUGUACCGCCAUUACUGCAUACGGUUGGGCUGGUGUAUCUAGUGUCCCGGGUCUAUAUGUCUGGGCCGUGAUUUAUGGUGUCACGUCUGCUGGCGUUCAGGGCCUGUUUCCUGUGGCGUUGAGUUCGUUGACUGACGAUCUCAAGAAGACUGGUGUAAGGAUGGGGAUGGUUUUGACGAUUGUCAGUUUUGCGGCGUUGACGGGUAGCCCGAUUGCGGGUGCUUUGGUGCAGGCGGACCAUAACACAGGGACCGGGGAAUAUUUGUAUAUGCAGAUGUUUAUGGGUAGUGUGAUUUUGUUUGGGAGUGGGCUGUUGGUGGUUGCGAGGUUUAGCAGGUUUGGAUUUGAGGUUGUGAAGGGAUAA